GCUUACACGUGCUGUGAAACGGUUUAAUCGUUUUGUGGCUGUCACAACGUUGUACUGUAAUUCAUCUCUUUUGUUAAAGAAAGAAACCCCCAAUACUGAUAAAUAUGACUGUCAGGCAGUAAUGUGAAGUUGCGAGAGCGAGCUGAAGAUGUACGGACCGAUGUAAGCGGGUUCUGUUAUGGUCACGUGCCACACGUUGGCGAAUGGCGAGAAGACGGACGUGGCGGCACUGACUGGGAGAAAGUGACACCGUACGUGUGGCCUGUACGCGAAAGCCGUGGGUGUACUGCACAGCAGUCUCCACAAUUGGCAGGUCAGCCACGCAAGUACUGUACGGUAUCACGGCAGAGUGGAAGCAGAGCGUUGAUUUUAUUGGUUUCCCGGAUUAGUGUGCAGCAGUGUACUACUUGAGAGUCGUAAUCCAGCUGUGUGAGGAGGUAGGAGGGAAGAUGGCGUCCAAAAACAAAAAGAGAGUGAUCCUGCCGACGCGACCCGACCCGCCGUCCGUGGAGCAGAUCCUUGAGGAUAUCGGCAGAGCGUGUGCGAGCGACCCGGUGUUCAGCGUGGUGCAGGACAGCGCUGCAGAUGUUAAGGGAGGGUCAACGGAUGCUGCCGUGGGCAGCAGAUACGAGCAGAGCCGCCGAUACCUGGAGCUCAACAAGUGGCUUCUGGAGGCACAAGGAGAGCUUGUGAAGAAGAGGGAGGAGCUUAGAGCGGCUGGGGAGCAGCUGGAGUGCACCGUGGCUGAGGUCAAAGGACGAGCUCUAUAAAGAGCCUUGAUUGGUGGCCUUUGCCUUAUUUUGACAUAGCUUCCAAAAAGAGAAAUCAAAUGACUGAAGACUGCUGAUGAACACAUUAUGAACUCCUACAUUUACUGAAGGAGCAAUGGAAAAG